ACCAUAAUAAAGAAACUAUACCUUCUAAUACAAUAAAUCAACCGCAACAGACAACCCUUAAUUUCCCUUUAAUUGCUGACAAUACUCAUAAAAAACAUUCCUUUGAUGAAAUUGAUGCAAAUAAUGAUACAGAUGGUGAUGAAUCCAAUGAACAUAAUGAUAACUUAGAUGAAUGUGGUAAUGAUGAAUACAACAAACUUUAG